AUGCUUAUUGUUAAAGGAGGUCCUCCUUAAAAAAUAGGAAAGACUCAAUCUGUUCAUAAUCUGCCUUAAGAAUCUCAUUUAAUUGUAAGAAAACUUAAUCCAAUUCUUACCCUAAAAACUGAAGGGUGUUUUGAUAGCACUUUGAAUCAAAUUUAUAAUAGUGUUUGUGAUACAGAAUAUGUUACUGGAAGAAUAUUGAAGCAAUUGAUAUUAUUUGUUGAUACAAAAUUUAGUGAAUUGACUGAAAAAAUAGAUAACUUUGAUAAUUUAUCUGACAUCAAUACUCAUUUAUUAAGGAUAUAGUCUUCUUAGGUAAGCCCAAUAAUGAAAUAAAGAAAUGAUGACAGUCCGAAUGAUAUAGUUAGGAAUAAAAGUUCUGGAUCAUUAUUACAAUAAGAUAAUACUAGCUUAAGUGAAAAAGGGAAAAACUCUCCAAGUAGGAAGGCUCUUCAAAAAAAUAGCUUAUCGCAAUCAAAUGUAAUGGAUAUCAAUCGCUUAAACUAAUUUGAAAAGAAAAUUAGAUAAACAGAAGAUAAAUAAAUUAAAUUUGAGCAAGAUCAAUAGGAUAAGUUUUAAGGUUUUUAAAAUAGAAUUGAAAAACUAAUUAGAUCAAUAUAAGAAAAGCAAUAGUCUCUGUAGUUUUCAGAUUUAUAUCGAGGUAUUUAGGAGUUUUCAGAAAACUAAAAAUAAAUAGUUUCCUUUAUUUCAACGUCCUAAAAUGAAAUGAUCGAAAUUAAUAAAAAAUUACUUUCAACAUCAAAAGAAUAUUAAGAGUAGAUGAAUUUUAUUAAAAACACUUAAGAAUAAACUACUUAAGCAUAUUCAGCCUGUAAUGAAAAGAUAGAUACCUUAUCAACGAGUAUACAAUAAAUUGACUAAGACUUACUAAUAAUCUUAAAAUGUUAUAAGGAUGUGUUGAAUGACGUGUUUAGAAUUGAAAUUUUGGAAUAACAACAAAAAAGAAUUUUAAAUAUCCUUAAUAAUUAUCACUGA